GAAAAAGGGUAGGUCAGUUUGGCACUUUGGCAUAUAUAUAUUUUUUGUUAGAGGGAUAUUUAGAGAAAAAACAAAAAAUCCCCAAAUGUUAAUCCUCGUGUCUGUCUAUAAAUACAGAAAAUAAAGCGCCAAAUUCAAUUCGAUUUCGUUCCGUUACCUCCAUUUUCUUCAAAAUGCGAACUCGCUUUCUCAACAACGACUACUUCACUCUCCCUCCAUCCCAAACCAUCCCUUUCCUCCACCUCCCUGUCCCUCGCCUCCCUGCUCCGCCUUCCUCCGCCGUCAACCACCAUCUCCACCUCCUGUACUCUCCUUUCCCCGACGUCUCCCUCCACAUCGAUCCUUUCCCGAUCCAAUCCGCACUCUCCUCUUUCCUCUCCUCCGUCCUCCCUCACAAAAUCAACCUCCAAUCACACGAUCUCGAAGUUCCAAUUCCAGAUCUAGCUUCCUCCGUUGCCAAUUAUCAAAAUCGCAAGGGAGAAGCUGAUUUUGUCUUGGAAGAUUAUGUUUCCGAUGGUGAUAUUGAAUUUUCCAAUGAGAGUAAAACGGUUACUCGUAGUGAUGAGAAUGAAGUCGUUUAUGAACCGAUUCAAUUCGAAGCACCUGAGCAACUGGACGCACUCUUGGAAAAUGUAUGCUUCACUGAGAAGGAGCGGAUGCAAAUGUUGUCUCAGACUCCAGAGGUUGAAAAUAGCAUGGAAAUGCUCAUGCCUGAGUCAUUAAUGCAGUACCCUUACGAGGAUCUGGAAUCAGUAUCAAGGGUUGAGGAUGUUAUUUCUGAGUACCUGAAUGGGGAUAAUGCAUACACUGUAGAAGGUAAUAUUUCUGCUCAGCCCCUGCCACACUCCGACAAAAAGACAUUUCUCAUUUUGGAAGUGGAUGAGGAAAGUUUGGGAAUUCCCACAAGCUUAUCUAUGGUAGAUAUUGUUGAAUCAUAUUUUGGAGAUCUCAGACCUCAAAGUUUUGAUGAACGAUACCAGUCCAUAACAGAGGGAAAUUCACUAUUGGAUUCGAAAGUGCAUGACAUGGUGAAGUUGUUCUCAGAAGACUGUGUAUCAAAGAAGAGUUUGGUGUUAUCAGAUCUAUUUCCUGAAAGAGAUUUUAUAAAUAUGUUGGAAAAUGAACAUGUGGGUGGGAAUGCUACUCUAGAUGGGACAUUGCAGGCUGAUUAUCAUUUAUUAGUGAAUCUAAUUACCUUCCAGGAGUUCGUGUUCCUUGAUGAGGACAUGAUUAAUACCUUUGAAGCUUUUUAUGAUACAAAAGCACCGGAUGAUCUAGAAACAAGUGACCGGAUGUUCAAGAAAGAGUUUAACUUUAAGAGUUUUGAUGAAUUGAUUGUUAGUAAUGAGAUGGCACUAAUAGAUGACACUUUCAAAUCAUUGCCUGUACCAGUAAUCUCUGAUCACAAAAAGAUGAUAAAUGUGCAUGAUAUCAUUGGAGAACUAUUUUCAAAUGUGAAGACCCUGCCCUUAUAUGCAUCUGAUGGAAUUUACUUGAACUGGGAUCUACUGGAAGAAGAUAAAUGCAAUUACAAUAUAUCUAAUUGGUAUCAGAACAUAUGGGCAAAGAUAGAUAUGAACAACUAUGAUUUCAGAGGAAAAUCUUUUGACGAUACAAAUAUGAUAUUUGAUUUAGUUUUCUUUGGUGAUACUGUAGGUGAAUGUGACCUUAAAAAUAGUGAAGAGUUGCAGAAUUUACUUUCUCAUAGAAUUUCUCAGCUUGACAAUCAGUCUGUAGAAUUUGCUGCGAGCACACUCUUAGAACAUGGAUCUUCCAAUAAAGGAUGUCAAGAACGGUUACCUGAAAAAAAAGUACAGAAUACUUCAAUGUCAGAAAUCAGCAACCGUAGUGAUACUAUAGGUAAAGGUGACCUUCAACAAAGUGAAGAGUUGCAGAAGUUGCUUUCUGAUGGGGUUUCUCAGCUUGACAAUCAGCCUGUAGAAUUUUCUGCAAGCAAAGUUAUAGAAAAUGGAUCUUCAAAUAAAGGAUAUCGGGAACAAUUACCUGAAAGAAAUGCAGAGAGGGCAUCAUUAUUAUUUAAGUCUAUGUCAGAAGUCAGUAACAUUGAUUAUUUCUUAAAUCCUCAAAAAGCAACCAUUAAGGGGAGUUGCCACUUUGCAGUAGAUUCCACCAAUGGUAAUGUUAAUAUUCCAAAUAUUCCAUCCACCGCAUUGAAAGAUGGUAUACAAUCACUAGGAUGGCACACUGUUCUGCAUAGAGUAAAGCUAUCAGAUAAUAUUGUGUCCCUUGCUAGAUAUUUUGAAAAAAGCUAUCUGGCUAUUUUGCAGAGUGAUACAGAGCUGACAAAGACGCAUAAAUCAGAUGUACAUUAUUUUGAUUUGCUGAGUCUUCAAAAGCACAAGCUGAUUGAAUUCCAUGUAAAUCAAAAUAAUAUGGCGUUUAUUGUGUUAAGUGCAAUUAAACAGGCAGUUUGGUACUUAUGUUUCUAUGGUCUCAAUCCAGCAUGCUUGUAUCUAGAAAAACUAUGUCAAAACACGGACUACUUGAAAUCAAGAUUAGGCAUCCUCCAAUCUUUGAUCAAAGAUGAAAUCAGGAAGAUGGGAAAAAAUAUUACUAUGGCACACCCAUCACUGACAAUUGUCAAGGAAAUUUUACAGGCAAACAUCAAACGGGAUAGUUUGAAAGCUCUAAUUGUGGCUGAAGAAGUAUUCUGGUGGCCUUUGAAAAACCUCAUUCUCUCGUUGGGGUUAUCAUUUGGUGAACUAAAUAAUUCUUACAGAAAUCAGCCAUUUGCAAAUAAUCUUCUGCCUGAGGACACUCAUACUAAAAUGACGGAACUUCUGAGCUCAGACUGCUUGCUGGUUUCAUUCAAGCAUGUUUCUCCAUUUUUUCCAUUCAACAAAUUCAGCAUUAUCUUGGAAUAUGGUGGUCCACAGGGCUCAUCUAGAAUAUCUGAACUUUCAUCAAACUCGGUUGGAUUGCCUAAUCUUCAUUUUUUGAUGGUUGAAUUGGAUGACCAUGGCGUUCUCAAAGCACUCUGUCAAGGUGUUGAAAUGCCUCCAUAUACUGAAACCUUGCUGGAAACCGAGACUCCUCUUAUUUCCAAUCACAAGGAAAGUAUGGUGAAGCGAAAGUUUGAGCGACUAUUGAACUUUUAUCCUGUGGAACAAAGCUAUGAUAUGAAAUCUUCGAAGACUGCACUUGAAGCAGACAAUUUGGUGCCUCUAGUUCCUGCUGUGAAAACUGAUUAUGGCCAUCAAAGCUGGGAGUCUUUUGCUGGACCAGUUAUCAUUGUAAAUACUCAAAAUGUAGAUAAGGAGAUGAUAGUGUCUAGAAGAAGCUCUUACCAAGUAAUUCUUGCAAUGGAGAAAAGAGGAAUUCAAGUUGUCGAACGUGAUUUAGAAUUACCUGUGGAUAUUAUAUUAAGUUCAGCAGUUUGCUUGGCAUGGUAUGAUAGUAGAAAUCUUGGGAAGAAAGCAACUCCAGCGAAUGAGGCAUCUUCAAGCUUACCUUUAUAUAUUGAGAGUAUUGCAACUGAUGUUCUGCCAUUGCUUAGUUUUUACUUUCGUGCCUGCUUUCUGGUCUUUGAAGGAGAAUUUAACUUUCUUUCAACUAUUAUGGAGUCCUCGGAUGGACUUUAUGCAGCAGCAACAAGUCUAGGAAUUGAUUUGCAGAUUUUCUUCUCGUACUCACCUGAGUUGACCAGUGAGAUUAUGAUAAACUGCAUUAGGAGCACUGCCAUUCAGACAAGGGGUCUGUAUCCCAAAAUGCCUGAUUCGGUAACUCUAGCAGAGUCAUUUCUUACACAAUUUCCUGGAAUAAAUCCUUUAACAGCACACUCUAUACUAUCUUUAGAGGCCACACUUAAUGAGUUUCUUGCGUGGUCACAUGAACAAAGGAUGCGUGUUUUAGAAAAAUAUCAUGUUCCCGAAGAAAGUCUUUCUCUACUCGGUGUUUUCUGCAGAUAUGGAGAACGCGAGGAUUCAAAAUCCAUAAUGACAGACUGCUCCUCUUCAGUAUCUUCUGGUCCAGACUCAGAUAGAUGUCACUUUUAUCAAGGUGACAAUAAAAGAAAAAGAACAAACCCUGUGAUCAUUGAUCAGAAUGAUGAACUAUGUUUUGAUGAAUUGUUGCAAUUCGAAACAAUGAACCAAGAAGUUCAGGCUGCCCCAGAUUCGUCUACCUUGCAAAAUCAUUUUGAUUUUGGUAUGUCAAGAGAUGCUGGGAGAUCCAGAGACUUGGGAAAAGCUAGAUUCUGCAUGAAUGACACGUUUUGCCAAAAGCGAAGAAACAUUGAGACAACAAUGAGAAAUUCCAGAGUCUCCAAAUCAUCGUGGAACGGAAGAGCUCCCCAAAUAUCAGAGCAGCUAGAACAGCCCAGUUUAUCUUUUAAAAAUAGAGAGUUGUCUCAAAAUGAAAUAAUGGAUACUGGUUUGAAUUGGCACAACCUUGGUAAUUUUGAGAAGCUGCAUGAGGACAUUAGAGGUGAGGUAGUUGAUUUGACUAAUAGUCCUCUAUUAGAUGAAAGCUUCUCCAUUUCUGACUCCAAGUAUUUCCCAAAUUUGAUAACUGAGACGGAGAAAGAUCAUAUGAGAAACAAUAAAAUUGUAAGGAAAUUGUCAUUUGAUAAUAAUAUUCACCCAGAAACCAACUCAACAUGGAGAUCAGUGAGACAUACAGGAGAAGUUGAUCACCAUGCAGAACCUGACUUUGGAAGAGAUGCAUUUCCUCUUGAUUUCAAUCCGCAUGGGAACAUUGAUUCAACUCCAGUAAGAAACUUUGGAGGAAUAACCUUCCAGGAGGGAAUGUCAUAUUUGAGUGAAACUCCACUCUCACGUGUCCGCAGGUCAGGUACUCCGUUAAAGAAUUCACCUUGGACUACUGAAUUUAUUAAUAAAGUCAAAGAAAAGAGCAAACUGCGUCAAAAAUCAGCAUUAAGUGGGAAUAUCGGCUCCUAUUUUGGGUAUCGGGGGAAUAUUUCGAGUGCUUCUAAGAAGAGAAGUCCCUCUAUACUUGAGUCCUUUAGGUACCAACCUAGUAAAACACCAGGAAAUAUUCAGGAACAGAAAAGACAAAAGCAAUCUGGUGGACAAUCUUCAAACUCAGCCAAGAAAGGAAGAUAUUCUGUUCCCGUAUCCUCAUCAACUCCCAAUGACAAGAGAUCGACAAAGACACUUACAUUUGGGAAGAGCGCAAGUGGAGGUCAAACUAAGCUGGUCUGGAGUGAUAAAAGAAAGUUUCCAUAUCAGGCACAUUAAUCUAUUACUGGAGAGAAGAAUGGAGGUUUAUAUUAUAUGACCCUGGGUUUAAUAACUUUUGAAAUGUAGUUUGGUAAAAGCAUAGUUACGGAGUACAUCUCGUAUGAUUUAAGUUUCAUGUAUUUAGUUUAGUUUCAUCUAACUAAGAAACUCUCAAUUCAAUUAUCAAAAAGAGAAAAGAAACUACCAAUUGAGUUCCUUUCUGUACUUGGUACAUAUCCAAUAUUUCUCCAUAAAAAUGAUCAAAUUGUUGACAAAUGACAAUCCAUUUGGUACA